AUGGACAGGUGGAUGGCGCUGCUUGUCCUGCAAGCCUUGCUGCUGCUACCCCUGGCUGAUGGGGCCGCCCCCGCCCUGCGCUUUGUGGCCGUGGGUGACUGGGGAGGAGUCCCCAAUGCCCCGUUCCACACGGCCCGGGAAAUGGCCAAUGCCAAGGAGAUCGCCAGAACUGUGCAGAUCCUGGGCGCAGACUUCAUCUUGUCCCUGGGGGACAACUUCUACUUCACUGGCGUGCAGGAUGCCAAUGACAAGAGAUUCCAGGAGACCUUUGAGGAUGUGUUCUCUGACCGCUCUCUUCGCAAUGUACCCUGGUACGUGCUGGCUGGAAACCAUGAUCACCUCGGCAAUGUCUCAGCACAGAUCGCCUACUCCAAGAUCUCCAAGCGCUGGAACUUCCCCAGCCCUUUCUACCGCCUGCGCUUCAAGGUCCCACGGACCAAUGUGUCCGUGGCCAUCUUCAUGCUGGACACAGUGACACUGUGUGGCAACUCAGACGACUUCCGUAACCAGCAGCCCGAGAGGCCCCGAGACCUGGAACUGGCCCGCACCCAGCUGUCCUGGCUCAAGAAGCAGCUGGCGGCAGCCAAGGAGGACUAUGUGCUGGUGGCCGGCCACUACCCCGUGUGGUCCAUAGCUGAGCACGGGCCCACCCGCUGCCUCGUCAAGCAUCUGCAGCCACUACUGGCCACAUAUGGGGUCACUGCCUACCUGUGUGGCCAUGACCACAAUCUGCAGUAUCUUCAAGAUGAUCACGGUGUGGGCUACGUGCUGAGUGGGGCUGGAAACUUCAUGGACCCCUCCAAACGGCACCAGCGCAAGGUCCCCAAUGGCUACCUGCGCUUCCACUAUGGGGCCGAGGACUCACUGGGGGGCUUUGCUUACGUGGAGAUCAGCCCCAAAGAGAUGGGCAUCACUUACAUCGAGGCCUCGGGCAAGUCCCUUUUCAAGACCAGCCUGCCGAGGCGAGCCAGGCCCUGA